GUGAAAGUGCCUAAUUUUCGAGUUUUGUUUACUACUUUCCAAAGGGAAAAUCUUCAUGAUGGAAAAGCAACAAACACGAGCAGUGUUUGCACGUCAACCAGCCCGCAUCCUCCUGGUUGAUUUCUCACCACCGUUCUCAUCCGAUACGAGGCACAUCCUUCACAAGACACUGGAAGAACUCUUUGCGCUAGUUUGCAGCAUGUCUGGGCCUUCUAGAGUUCCCUUCUUUGGGUUGUAUGCACUCAGCUCACAUGCAGAGAAUCUUCUGCCGCUGCAAAGCGUGAAAGGAAACUUCCAAAGGUUAUACAACGCCUUCCAGGAGUUGAAGUCUUUCCCAGUAGACGAGUUCAUUAUUCCCCCUACAUCUCCAGACAAUCUCGGCCAAGCUCUCAGGGAAGCCACGUCACAAUUCAAGAGACAGGCUCAGACUUUAAGACAGAUGACAAGCUUUAAUGCCCAGCUGGAGGUAACCAUCAUGACUUGUCGCUCAGCAGAAACCGUUGGUGAACAGAUCAACUUGAUCUUGCAGGACCUGGAUCUUUCAUCCCUCAGGAGGAUACAAGUGGUAGCCAUACAGGUUUCCUCCAGCGCCAUGAUGGACGUAGACAGCACCCCAUUGACUGAUGAUAGCGUCGCUUCACCCUCAUUGAAAUCAGAGGAGAGCAAAUCCCCAGGGACUCGAUCCCCAGGGAGUGACCCCCUGGCAUUAGGAGCUGUGGAGACUAUCUCUUUAGAACAAGAUGAGAUCAACAUUCAAGACUUCUUUCGAGGAUGGCUUCAUGAUUUCGGAACCGACAGAGAACAUCUCCACCUUAGACUACCACCAACAGUUGUUGGAGGGGAAAGUAUGACACUGAAAUGUGACGUUCAGGAGAGAUUCAUCAACCCAGCGCUAUUUCCUUUCCAAGCGCCAUUUGAUGUUCACUCCAGUGUCUUCCCUGGUAAACAGCUACACAACCAACCAGCAACUGGUAAAAACAGCUCCUCAACGGUACCCAUCAUUACCCUAAGUGCCGUUGAGAUGGCCAAAGUGACUGGCAUAUGCGAUUCUAUAGUUUUUGGAACUCCACUCCUGGUUAGGCCGACAUCGUGUUGGAAGCUGGAUUGGGACGAACUGGAAUCGAACCAGCAGCAUUUCCAAGCUUUGUGUCAUGUGCUCCAUGAAAAGAAUGUAGCACUGAUCGCAAGGCUAGAUCACGAACAAUCGAACGUCUCAAGCUACCAAGCCCCAAGACCCUUCGGUCACUUCCUCCUCCUACCCUCUCCAACCCUCUCCCUACUACUCAAGCCAAUAGCUGGGAGGGAAUUGAUGCUCCCAACGGACUGCACCCGUCGAGAGGGACCUCCGAUCUCUGACUACGUCCAGAACGUUACUGCUCAUCUGACCAAGCUCAAUACAUCUGAUCUCUUCAACCCACUCAUGUUCAAGUCGCAUCUUCAUAAGAGCAUUAUGGGAACACUUAUCAGAAGCACGAGUAACGCACGACAGCUCAAACGAAAAGGUCCUGAAACAAGCGCCCAAAGAACGCAAGCUACGAGAGGUCGUCCAUCUGGCCAAUAUUCAAGCACUCGGGGGGCCUCAUCACGCGGCAGACCCCCUAGCACACAGAGAUACCACCAACCACUUCAAAUGGAAGGGAAUCCUUACUACGACCACCACACGGAGUAGAAGGUUAAAGUUUCAGGAAACUGGGUGUUCCAGCUUAGAAAAACUCCCUAAGUUGGCGAAGAUUUAUUGCAUCAUCAUCAAGUGGUUUGAUCAGUGAGAACUUUUCAGGAAACUGGGUGGUCCAGUUUGGAAACAACUCCCUAUGUUAGCAAAGAUUCAAUGCGCUAAUACUUUGCCUUUAAGGAUGACAGGAAAAGUUGAACAAAACGACUACAUGGCAAAAGAUUCAAACCUGCAUUUUUUUAUUAGAUUUUAAAUUAUUUGUUGUUAACAUUGAAGAAGAAAAGAAAGAAGGACAAAAAUAGAGAAUUUAAUUAACGUACUAUUAGGUUUAAGAGGACAUGUAUAAAAACUAACAAAUCACAGAAUCAUUAUUUACAUACGAAGCUGCUGAUAUCUAACAGCAACAGACAGAAGAACAACUUUCAAAACGAGUAAAAUUUGUAAAUGCGAGCCGUCCACAAAAGAUAUGUCACUGAUGCUUAAGUUUUGGUUGUUAUAAACAGUUCAACGAUUCAUGUUACAUGUUUCGGUGUCCGAGUGUUAGUUGUAUACCUUUUUAAAUCAUUAUUCAUAAAUACCUCAGACAGUUUCGCUAUUCCUAUUGGUGGAGAGCGCGUCACAUGGGUGCGUAUAAACCU